GGUGGCGGCGGCUGUGGCGGUGGUGGCGGCGGCGCAGUCCCGCCGCCGCUAUGAACGAGGCGGUGGUGCGGAGGACGCAAGAGUCCUUGGGCCGGGUGAUCCGCAAGCCGCCGCUGACCGACCGGCUGCUGAGUAAGCCGCCCUUCCGCUACCUGCACGACGUGAUCACCGAGGUAAUCAGAGUGACAGGUUUUAUGAAAGGACUUUACACGGAUUUCGAAUUGAAAUCAGAUAACAUUAAGGAUAAAGAUGCCAAAAUCAGCUUCCUUCAGAAGGCAAUCGAUGCUGUUGUCAUGGUAACGGGAGAGCCGCUGUCAGUAAAACCUGCACGUGUUGUGGCUGGACACGAACCUGAAAAAACCAAUGAAUUUCUUCAAGCAAUUGGGAAGUGUUGCCUAAAUAAGCUGUCCAGUGAUGUUGCUGUAAAAAGGGUCUUAGCUGGGGAAAGAGCUGAUGCUAAAGGGAAGCUUUCAUCCUCUAAAUCUCGAGAUAAAGAAAGCAGAGAAUCCAAACCAGAAGAACAAAAAAGCCAUAAAGAGGGUAGAGGAGAGACUGAAAUUAAAGACAGAAGCUCAAGCAGAGACCGAAAACCCAAAGGAGAUUUGAAUGAGAGUGAAGAAAGAGAAAAGGAAAGUGAUAAACAGAAGAAUAAUGAAGACAGGCACAAAGACCCUGAAAGAGACACCUUUAAGGAAGGAGAAAAGCAAGAAAGGGAAAGAGACAAAAGCAGAAUGACCAAGCAAGGAAAAGAAACAGAAAAAAACAAGGGAAAAGGAGACAUAGAACGAGAAGAUGAUCUUGAGCAACAUAAAGGACAGGAAAGAGAGAAAAAAAAUGAAGGAGGAAGAGAAAAGGACAGACUGAAAGGAAGAGACAAAGACAAGGCUAGGGACAGGGAGAGAGAGAAAGACAGAGAGAGAGGAAAAGAUCGGGAAAGGGAUAGACAAAGGGACAGAGAAAAAGAAGGGGAGCAUUUAAGAGAACAUGGAAAGGAUAAAGCAGAGAAAAAGUCCACAGGUUCUGAGGAAUCCACACUUAGAAAAACACUAAAGCCAACUAAAGACAGCAAGUGCCAGCCAGACAAUGAGAGUGAAACUCCUGCAGGAAUAUCAAGGCAGCCUUCAACAAAAGGAUCAAGGCAACGUGCCAGACCCCAAGGAGAAGGAACCGUGGAGACAAAGAGCACGGCAGAUAGGAUUUCAGAGGACAAUGCUGCUAAACUGCAAGAGAAAGCUGAACCAGGACUUGCUGUAAAACAGAAAGAAGGAGAAGCAGAGAAUGUGGCUCCUGAAAAGCCUGCAGUCUCUGAAAAUGGUGAAGUACCUCAUGAUCCUCCACCUCAGCCCGUCCAAAGAUGUAUUCCCCGUCCCAGCAGUGCCAGACCAGCACCACCCCGAGUAAAACGUCAAGAAAGUGCAGAGGUCUUACUUCCAGAAAGGAAUGGUGGGGGUAAAGCAGUCUCAAAUGUGAUCAUAGACCAGCAGGUGUCUGAUGAUGAUGAUGACCAGUUUGUGGUGGAGGCAGCACCACCCCUGCCAGAUAUGCCAGAGAUGGAAAGGGAGCCAGAAGUGGAGCUGGUUGAGGAUGAAAAGCAUGGUGGGCUAGUAAAAAGAAUCCUAGAAACAAAGAAAGAUUAUGAGGCGUCACAGAAAUCAUCAAAGACAACAGAGAGGGAGAAGCCCUUUGUAUCGGAGGUAGCUCGGAAGAAAGAGAGAGACCUGGUAGCCAAAGAAAUUGAGAAGUUUCAGGUCUCCAUCCAGACUCUGUGCCGGAGCGCCCUUACGCUCGGCAGGAUCAUGGAUUACAUCCAGGAGGACAUGGAUGCCAUGAAGAACGAGCUGCAGAUGUGGCGGCAGGAGAACAGGCAGCAUGCAGAAGCUCUGCAGAAAGAGCAAAGCAUCACAGACAGCGCUGUAGAACCCUUAAAAGCUGAUCUGGCUGAACUGGAACAGUUGAUUAAAGACCAGCAAGACAAGAUCUGUGCUGUAAAAGCUAAUAUUUUAAAGAAUGAAGAAAAAAUCCGGAGGAUGGUUCUUAGUAUAAACCUGUCUUCAAGAAGGUGAAGAAGAGGAAUUAAAAAAAAAACCAAAACAACAAAAAGCCUUGGACUGACUGACAUUCAAAAUAGAGGAAAAAAACUAAAUUAUGCCUUGUUUAGAUAUAAAAUGUUUAGGGACCAGAUGCCUAAAAAUUGUAUAAAAUCCCGUUAUUGCAUUGAUCUUUAGAUGCUGAUAUUACCCCGGACAAGAUUAUAUUCAUUUGAAUGCUCAAGUUGCAGAGCUAUUAAAAUAACUUGUUUGUUUCUAUGUGA